UGAAAGAGUAAUGGGACUCCUGCUCCCGCCGGUGAAGCUUUUUGGCUGCUUUGUUUAAUGGAAUUGGGCCCGCAGAAAAUUAUUUGCUAAAUCACCAGAAAAAUCUGCAUGACUCUUACAGUUCGAUAGAGAAAGCUUCGUUAUGUGCCCUGAGAACCAAACCAUCCUGUUAAAAAGCCUCUUUCACUUCCCAUUGCUCUGCACAAUUCCUGUCAUACCCUGUAUCUAAUUUGUUUCACACCAUCAGUACUGAAACUUUUCAAUAAAAGUAGAGUUUUGCUGAAUAACAAUUCAAUCUUAGGAGUUUAAUGUGAUAGGCACAAGGUCACGAGGUCUAUCAUUUCUGUUUGUAUAAUCUUUGAAGAUAGAAUUUGUGGAGGAAUCCUGCGGGUCCCGAGAUGCGUAUGGCGAAUCUGAGGAUGACACUCUUUCCUUCUGCGACCUUCCCAUUUCUGGGAAGACUGAGAUCAGUGCAGAAUGGGGGAGUUCGAUGAAAAAUUCAAGCAUUGAAUUUUUAGAGCACCAGGAUUUCAAUUUCGACUUGGGCUUCGAUUUGGGCCACUCGAUUUCAACAGAAUUCCACAGCUGCCCGGCCGACGAUCUGUUCUACGACGGCCACCUUCUUCCUCUUACUAAAUCCAACGCAGUACAGUUUUCAUCCAGCGAAUCGAGCUCGUUCGGGGAGAAUCGGAUUCUGAUAUCAGAAAAACUGCAGACUUGGAGAUCAGAUUCGCUGGACUCACGGUCAAGCUACUGGACAAUCUCAAGCUCUAACAAUUCUCAAGCUUCGCGUGGAAACUUCAAUUACUCUGCCUCGCAGAGAAAAAAUUCUGGACAUGUUAAUUCUGAAUCGAAGCCCCGUCGGAGCUCCUCCACGUCACCAAAGCCGCGACAUUGGUGCACUGAAAAGUCUCUGAAAUGGCAGCAGUUUUUUGCUGUGGGCCUCAGUAAAACUCCUGUUAUGCAGCUGGACGACAUGCGUCUCAGGCAACAGAAGAGCUUAAAGAACCGCCACAUUGAACAGUCCGUCAACGGAAAAAUGGCAGGAGAGACGCCCAGAGCCAAAGACUGGAUAAAAAUGGUUACUUUAACGUCGCUAAAUGGUUGUAUGGGUUCCGUCAAGUCUGUCAUUCACUGUACAACAGUCAAGAAGCCUAUUAAUGGCCGAGAUUUGAGCCAUUAAUGAAUAACGAACAGACAUUCUUGAGCUUCUCUAACAAAAAACACAGUAAGCAGAGCAGUGGGCUAUCCGCUGGAAUCAAUUUUUUCAGCCAAUUGACUGCAAUUGACUUGAUUUGAUUGAUUUAUGUAUCUGUCGAUGCCAUUCAGUUGGAAGGUUGUGGUAAAGUCUUCAAAAUUUAUUAAAUCACGGAUUCCAUUAUUCUGAUA